AUGGAUGCUGCUAACUUGACUUUGGCACUCCUCCUCUUCUUCUUCUUCUUUUUUCUCUUUUUUUCAAAGCUCAUUACCCAGAAUUUUGCAAACUUCAGAAACCUUCCACCAAGCCCACUUGCUCUGCCAAUUAUAGGUCAUCUAUAUUUGUUGAAGGAACCAGUUCAUCGAACUCUACACCAACUUUCAGAGAAGCAUGGCCACAUCUUAUUUCUCAAGUUUGGAGCCCGAAAUGUCCCUGUAGUAUCCUCACCAACUGCAGUAGAAGAAUGCUUCACAAAGAAUGACAUUAUCUUUGCUAAUCGCCCUCAGUUGCUUGCUGGAAAACAUCUAAAUUACAACUACACCACAAUAGGAUUAUCUUCCUAUGGGGACCACUGGUGCAACCUCCGGCGUCUUACAACAAUAGAGCUCUUCUCUACAAGCCGCCUAGCCACAUUCUCUGGCAUUCGGGAGCAGGAAGUUAGGCAAUUGCUGAAGCAACUGUUCCAAGAUUCCAGCACCAGCUCAAUAAGGGUGAAGCUUGGAACAAGAUUGGUGGAUAUUUCAUUCAAUAGUAUGCUGAGAAUGAUAGCAGGGAAGAGGUGUUAUGGAAAAGAUGUGAAGGAUGAAGAAGCAAAGGAAUUUCAAGAAAUAAUGAGAGAGGUAGUGGAACUUCAUCGGAAUUCAAAUUUAGGUGAUUUCCUCCCUGUGCUCCGGUGGGUGGAUUUUCAAGGAGUGGAGAAAAGGAUGGUGAAAUUGAUGAAGAAACAAGACAAGUUUUUCCAGCACCUCCUGGAUGAACACCGAACAAGGACCGAUUCAUCUAUAGAUUUGGAUAAGCUUGAUGCAAGCAACAAAGAACAGAAAAAACAAACUUUGAUUGAUCUUUUGUUAUCGAUGCAAAAAACAGAUGCAGAUUUCUACACUGAAAAAACAAUCAAAGGCCUUAUUCUGGCAUUGCUAGUUGCUGGGACUGAAAGUUCAGCAACGACCACUGAAUGGGCAUUAUCACUUCUCCACAACCAUCCAGAUGCUAUGCACAAGGCUUGGGUGGAGAUAAACAGUCACGUGGGAGAAGACCGCCUGCUUGAUGAAUCAGACCUGCCACAACUGAAUUACCUACAAAAUGUAAUUAAUGAGACAUUUAGGUUGUUUCCACCAGUCCCAAUUCUCCUGCCACAUGAAUCAUCCGAAGAUUGCACUGUUGGUGGUUUUCAUGUGCCAGGAGGCACAAUGCUACUAGCCAAUCUAUGGACCAUUCACAGGGACCCUAAACUGUGGACUGAUGCAACAAAAUUUAUGCCAGAAAGAUUUGAAAGUGAGGAUGGUGAGGGGUAUCAUUUAAUUCCAUUUGGUGUUGGAAGGCGGGCUUGUCCUGAGGCAAAGUUGGGCAGGCGAGUUAUAGGGCUGACAUUGGGAGCCUUGAUUCAGUCGUUUGAGUUGGAAAGGAUUGGUGAGGAGGAUAUUGAUAUGAUGGAGGGAACAGGACUCUGCAUGCCCAAAGCUGAGCCCUUAGAGGCUUUGUGCAAACCACGCAGAGCCAUGAUCAAUCUCCUCUCCUGCUUGUAA